AUGGCCUUUGAAGAUGAGAAACCAGAAUGCAUGUUGCCUUAUCUACAUCUACGAUUAAUGGAUAAAACAGGAAGAAUAAAAUAUAUGGAUUUUAAUUACACUCUUCCUGUGGAAGCAGUUUGUCCCAUUACUGCGGAUAUUUUACCCUUAACUAAAAAUUAUAUAAUGAUAACUUAUAUUAAAUUAAACAAUGGUGUUGAGGGAAAAUAUGGCAUAAUAAUUAAUUACAGCAAUGAGUCUACUAUAAAUGAAAUAUAUUUAGGAAAUGCUAAUGGAUUUGUUGAACGUAGCUUUGUACCAAAUAAAGGUCUCAUUAGUAUUGAAAAACCAAAUAAAGAAGGAAUAGCAACAUGGCGUUUGUUUAGUCUUCCAGAUAUUACAACAGGAGAAGUUGUGGAACGUAAAAAUGGUGAAUUUCAUGCACCAAAUCUAUUAUCCUAUACCUUAGUAGAUAGUUUAAACUUUUUAUUAACAGAUGGAGGUUUUGGUUUUAUGUAUAUUUUAAAAUAUGAUGAAACAAAAGAAUCAUCAGUAAUAGAUCCAAAUCUUCAAUACUGGAGAGUUUAUGUAUCAUUCCUAAGGGAAAGUGCAGAUUCCCCCACAAUACCUUCUCUUGUUUAUCAAACUACCCAAAAAUUAAAUAAUUUAACAAGUAAAUCAUGCUCUGUGACUUAUAAUGCUGAAGGAUAUGUAUGUAUUAUGACAUUAAAUAAUACAAUUACAAAUAUUAAGAAGAAUAAAUCACAGACUGAGAUAAAUUAUUAUCAGUUGAGAUUUUUAUCAACUGGAGCCUUAGAACAAUUAAAUAGAAUUUCCAAUCCAACAAAUAAUACAGACAUUGAUUUGGAAAUUUUAUAUUAUGGAGGAUUUCUUGUGGAAAAUAUUUAUGAUGCAAUGGAUUUUUAUCUUUUAGAUAAUAGUGGCAAUUAUGUGCAAUCACAGGGAUAUUUUGGGCCAGAGUUCUUUCAUUUUAAUAUGUUUACUCUAAAUAACACUAUUGUUGGAAUAAAGAAUCAGAGUAACAAUAAAUUAGAAUUUUUAUUAAAAUCUUUACCAAUAUUGAAUAAUCGUAGUACUGAUUAUUAUAGUCCCGUAAUUGAAACAACAAAUCCAGCUAUUAAUGAAGUUGUUGAUCCUUCAAUUAAAGAAAUAAUAAUCAAAUAUACCAUUCCAGUGAAGUUAUCAACUGCGAAUGUUUCGAUAUUUCAACAAAGUGAUGAUCCAAGUAAACAAGCUCUAUUAAGACAAACAUUUUCGGGAGAUUAUAAACUAUGUACUGUUGGAAGUGACAAUUACACAGUGCAUAUCCCGAUUUUUGAAAGUACAUUUAGUCAACCCAAUUCCUCCUAUUAUGUGUUGGUUGAUAAUAAUUUUGUUAUCUCUCAAGAGAGAGAUGAACCUUUAAUGGGAAUUGGUAAUAAGAUUUGGAUGCUUUCAACUGAACCACUUAAAACGGUACGAUAUUCAGAUUCAGUUACUGGAUUACUUCGAUUAAAUGAGGAAGGAAGUUUAAAAUUUCUCCAAAUGAAUCAUUCAGUAUUUUUCAAGAAUAUGAUUCGAGAAUUUUCUAAAACAAUUCCAGUAGCUGAACAGAGAUUAUCGACAAGUGGUAGAUGGCAAUAUGACCCUACUUCUCCAAAAAAAAUAUUAUUGUCAUUUAACAUAAAGGAAGCUAAAGAUGAUCAUGCAAUUGAACCAAACUCCCAAACAGUAUUUGAAAUUUUAAGAACCUUGAUCAAACAAAAAAGGUUUACUGCACUUUCAUCUAAUGAAUAUACAUCUUUAAUUGAUGAAAGUGCACCUCUUAUAAUGACCCGAAAUUAUUUUGAAGAAUUUCGUUUGUUGAUUAUAAUAUUUACAGUAGGUUUAAUUGUAUUAAUAAUAUUAUAUAUUUUGGCUCGUCGAAAAAAUCCUGAAGCCAAAAACUCUGUAAUAUUUGAGACCUAUUUUAUAAUACAAGAUUUUGCUGUAGAUCUAGUAUUUGUAUUAUUAAAAGUUAAAAAUACACCACAUUUAAAAAUUCCAACUAUGAUAUUCUUUAUUUUACCUAUUGUAAUAAAUAUUUUAUUUGCCAUAAAUAUUUUUGUAUCUGAAAUGGCAACGAAUAAAUCAUUUUCUAAUUGGGUUAAAGGAUCUACGGUUUUAGAAGUAGCAUUAAAUCAGAAGUAUGGAGCGUCAAUUCAUAGAAUAUGA